UUUUCGAAUCGAUAGGAAACAAAAUUUAGAAUAGAAACUUAAUAAUUUCUAUAAAACUAUGUAAAUAUACGGUUUGAAAAGUUUUGGAUGAUGUACAGUUUUAAAAGGGAAGCUUGAAGAAAUUGAAGAGUCUUUUGAUAUCAAAAUGUACAACUUUUCUGAAUGGAAUGAUACCGUGUGGAAUGAUACCGAAUGGAAUAAUGUCACUAGCAUUGUUCAUCACAAAAUGCAACCGUAUAGUAUCUUGUUUUUAUUUGUCAGCAUUGCUCUCGGAGCUCUAGUGCGAUUUUUAUUGAAGAAAAUUCGUCUGCCUUACACAGUUGUAUUAUUGGUUUGUGGUGCUCUGUUUGGUUUGGCUUCCUCCAGAUUCUCCAGCUUAGAAAAAUACACGCAGAUUACAAGAAUGGAUCCUCACGUUAUUCUGCACGUCUUUUUACCCAUCCUCAUCUUCGAAUCUGCUUUCGCUCUCGAUGCUCAUACUUUUCUAAGAUGUUUCGCUCAAUGUUUAAUCCUCUCUGUUCCUGGAUUGAUUGUUUCUUCUGCAUUAACUGCCGUGUUAUCUUAUAAAAUAUUUUCCGAAUAUCAGUGGAAUUGGGCAACUUCUUUUCUUUUUGGCACCAUUCUCAGUGCUACAGAUCCUGUUGCUGUAGUAGCGUUGCUUCGAGAGUUAGGAACAUCGAAAUCGUUAUCCACUAUUAUCGAAGGUGAAUCGUUACUAAACGAUGGUUCUGCAAUUGUAGCGUACGACAUCUUAAGAGAAUUAGUGGUACCAGGAACUACUGUAACAGCUACGCAGAUUUUCUUGAAAUUUUGUCAGAUUGCUUUAGGUGGACCAGCGCUUGGUUUUAUAGUCGGAAAAUUAGCAGUGUUCUGCCUUUCGCAUAUAUUUAACGAUGCCGUUAUUGAAAUCACAGUAACGUUAAGUGCUGCAUAUUUGACAUACUACCUUGCAGAAGUUGUGUUACAUGUUUCUGGAGUCUUGGCAGUUGUCAUUUUAGGUGUUGUUAUAAGUGCUGAUGAAGCUAGUAUUAGUCCCGAAGUCGAAGGAUUUGUCCAUAGAUUUUGGGAGAUGCUAUCUUACUUAGCAAACACGGUAAUUUUUAUAGUAGUGGGCCUAGUUAUAACGGAAAGAGCAGCAAGUCACAUAGAAGAACAAGAUUGGUUUCAUAUUAUAGUGACAUAUAUUGGCGCUACAGUUUUUAGGUUAGUAAUGAUAGUGCUGUUCAGUCCUCUACUCUCUAGACUCGGUUAUGGAUUAAAAUGGCAAGAAGUAAUAGUUAUGACUUGGGGAGGUCUUAGAGGAGCAGUUGGUCUAGCUCUAGCCCUAUUAGUGGCACAACAAGAAGGCAUAGACCCAGAAUUAGUUGGGCAUAAGAUCCUAAUACAUGUUGCUGGAAUCGUGACAUUGACUCUACUGUUUAAUGCUACCACUAUCAAGCCUUUGUUGAAAUUGUUAGGUAUGAGUGAUAUUUCGUACAUUACACGAUGCAAUAUGGCUAUCGCUGUACAACAUUUGAAAGAAGUGAGAGAAAAUUCAUUACACGCUCAGAGAAAUGCACCGCUUGUUGCCGAUGCCGACUGGAAAUUUAUUGAGAAGUUUACGAUUAUCGAAGAUCCUUAUGGAAGAGUUACUAAGAAGGACGAGGAUAAAGAUACAACGGCCUUUACUCCCUUGAGACAAAGUAUGUGUCCUGACUGUAAUAAUUCUCACGUAGUAGAACCUAGUGCUAAAGAGCUUGAAGAAAUGAGUAAUGAAGCCAAUUUGAGAAUGUUAGCUGCUCAGAAAGUAAGUUAUUGGAGACAGUUCGAUCACGGUUUAUUAGGACAAGAUACAGUUCUUGCUCUUAUUGGAGCUGCUGAUGUUGCUGCCGAUAAAGGAGGGCAUUUAUCCGUAGAAGACUUAAGAUAUCAUUGGCAAAUUAGUGGCAUAUAUACCUGUUUGAUUAAACUCUUAAGACAUCGCAUUAAACCCCGAAAUCAAACACAAUCCGAAAGAAAGCAUAUAAAGGAAUAUCACAGACAUCUUAAUAAAUUGGUGACAAGUCAUAUCUUUCAGACAUUUGUGUAUUUGGUUCUAUUCUUUAAUGUUAUCUUGAUAAUUAUGGAAAUAAUAUCGUAUGCCAAUCCGCAAAGUAUUAAAUUCGGUUUAGGAAUAAGUGAAUUAAGAUUUAUUAAUUGCGGUUUCGUUGCUUUCUAUGUUUUGGAGAUGAUCUUGAAGGUUAUCGGUUUAGGAUUUUGGAACUAUUGGAAUAGCCAUUGGAACAAAUUCGAUUUUAUAAUAUUAAUUCUCCAAUUCGUCGAUAUGCUCAUAGAUAUAUGUUUCCAUUACUGUCAAUGGUAUGAUACUCGCUCUACGACUUACCUUAUUGUAUCAAGAAGUUUUAGACUCAUUAGGAUCACAAGAAUGUUCAGAAUAUUCAAGUGUUUGAUAAAUGGCCUUGCUAACUUCGUGGACGGUCGUAUUAACGUGCAGUUAUACGCCGGAUUUGAUAUAUGUUGUGGGUUUUUAAUUGGCCAAGAAGAAGUAAUGAAAGUGUUAGACUCCAUAUCUAGCUAUCCACCCAUUACUAAUCAGUUGAAGAAGAUUUGUGAAGAAACUAGACUGCAAAUUUUAAAAGAACUUUCACAGCUGCAAGAAGAACAUCCGGGUGUUGCUGUUGCUGUUAAAACUCGACAUGCUUCUCGACAGACUCUUAAUAAUGUUAGAACGGAAUUAAACGAAUUAAAAGAAUUAGGUCUUCUUGAAGAUGGAGUUUAUAAUAAAUUAAAUUCAGAAAGAGCCGAAGUCAUUUGUUUCUCCAAAGGAUGUACUAUAGAGGAAGCAGGAGACGAACCUUCGGGAAUUUACGUUAUAACAGUCGGUCUUGUAAAGGUUGUCGGAAGAAUCGAACCAACUCAAGAUGGAAGUUUAUUAAAUGUCGAUUCUUUCCAUUGGUUUCCUAAUCAGCAAGAACUAGAGGAUUAUCUGACGGUGGGUAAAUUGUUAGGAGAAUUAGGAAUUUUGACAGGGAAGCCAAGGAGCACUUCAGCAAUUGCCGAUACUGAAGUGCAGGCUUUCUACAUAUCUUAUAAAGACAUGAUGGAAGCACUUAAAACCUUCAGGGAUGACCCGAGUUUAGAGUAUAAAAUAUGGAGAAGUUGUUCCUUAAGGAUCGCCAAACACGUUUUGAGGAAUCAUCCGGAUUUUCAGGAAUGGUCUUGUAGUAGAAUACUGAUGCACUUGUCAAGAGCGUAUGUCCCUGAUACUAGAAAACUGAACACACUGGAUUUGGCAUCUGACGUAGAAGAUGUCAUAUUGGUACAGGGCAUGGCUUCCGAUCCACAGACAAAUGAACUGUACAGAGGAGUGUGUUAUAUACCUUGUACUGUCAGGACAUUAAUCUUUCCGCAAGAUUGUAAGGUGAAACCAUUGAUAGUACUGAUUGGAAACGUAGAUUACACAUUAGACCCGAAUCUUGAUUGGUCAGGAGGUACCGAAGCUAAAUUAAAUCAAGUUCAAAACAAGACAUACGUUAUCACUAAGAGCAGAAGGCGCCCAUCUUCUAGACCAUGGACGGUCAGAUCACCAUCUGAAUGGAGCAUGCCCGAACCUAUUUCGGAAGAAGUUAGACAAAGGUUUAAUUUCCGUUUAAGAGCCAAUUCAGCUGACCCUAGCGAAAACGAAAGGGCUAAAAGUAAUCAUGUAUAUAGAAUGUUAUCGUUACCAAUUACUUAUGAUAAUCCUGCAUUUACAACCAGCGAAGAUCGUCACAAUGAUCAAGAGGAAACAACAGAAAAUAUUCCUUUUGGUACGAUUAAUGAAGAACAAGCAAUCGAAGAAGUUACAAUUGAUAUGCAACAUCAAAAUACAGUCAACGAAACACAGAAUUCGAAACGUAAAUUUUUAAAAUUUAGAACUAAAGAGAAGUGACAUACAAAUCUUAAGACAUUUUUGUACAUAGUAUAUACAAAAUACAGUAUUUUAUUUUAAAGAUGCUACUGUAAGAACGUUUCUCAUCGAGUCAAAAAAGCUCUUUAAAAUAUGAUCUGUUUACUUCAUCUUUUUUUAAAAAAAUAACAAGUUAAAGAAGGAGGAACUUCGAAUCUAAAUAAUCUACCCGAAAAUAUUUGAAUAAAAUGAAUAAUAAAUAAACAAUCGUAGAAUGUAAAAGAUUUCUUUACAUUCCACAUUGGAUGAGAUCAAGUAAAAUGGUUCCGAACACCUAAAAUUGCAUAAAAUUUACUGUAGAAAAACAAAUUAUAAAUCCCUGUAGCAAUUCUUAGAAAUUUCUUACAUGCCCUAAAACUUCAAAUCAUUCAAUUUUUAUUAAAAUCAAAUUUGCAUGUAAAUUGACGUUUACAAGUCGGCUCAACUGAAGAUGAGUUGAAGUUAAAAAAAAUAAAAAAAAAACAUUAAAUUAAAAA